AUGGGUGGGCUGAGAAGGCAUCGGAAAUCUCUUCCUCCUCCAUCAAAUCAAGUAAAUCUCUGUAAAGGAGUUGUAACCCUAAUCCAUUUCCAAAAGUUGCCAUCAAUUAUUUUGUUGAUAGUGAUAAUAUUUCACAUUAAGACAAGAGUGAUUUCAAUGCUAAAAGUUACUUCUACCCUUACACUUGGUCAAAUUCUAGGCACAAAGCAAAAAUCGCAAUGUUCAAGUGUUAAGAAUGUUAUAGACUUCCUUACUACUUAUGCUACACUCACAGCCAAUUUUUUGUUACAAACUUUACAAAAAUUGAUAAGAAUCAAACUACUACAAGUUAUCAGGCGUAAAAUCAGUGAGAUGGGGGCUGCCAAUUAUUGCAGUGUUAGUGAACAUUACUAUAAUACCGUUUUUGGAUCUGACUCAUUGGAGAAAGCCCUCUGA